AGUUGAGUGCUGAAGACAGUAGUACAAGACCACCAACCUAUGCAGCCAACAUGAUCAAAAAGCCAACAAAAACGCAAAGAAAGAAAGACAGCAAGCUUUGUGUGUUGUGUUUUCCUCUCCACACAACACACAGAUCUAACCAACAUCAACAUGGGGUGACUCAAAAACAAAAACUAAAAACCACACAAUAAAAGAAAACAAAAAACAAAAACAAAUAAAGAAGAUAAAGCAGCUGAACUUGUUCAUCGCCGCCACUGGAAAUCACAACCCAAUACCUCAAAGUUUCAAUUUUUGUUUUCUUUUGUUUUUGGGGGGUAAUUUUGUAAUUAUUCAGGCACAUCAGAUUUUUAUUUUUCUUUCUUCCCAUUAAAUUUUGGAAAUUGGGAACAAACUUAUCAGGUAGAAGAAACUGUGUUGUGUUGUGUUGACUUUGUGGUCAAAACACACAAAUUGCUGUGUGGUUCUGGUUUUGAUUCACACAAUCUUCCAAAGGAUUGAGUUCCUUGCAGCUGCAUCAGAAGACGAAAAGGCCGGUUUGAUUGUUUCGUCGUGAUGGCGACUCUAGCUCAUGCGAAUUCUAGGAGAAUGUAUUCAUGGUGGUGGGACAGCCACAUAAGCCCAAAGAAUUCAAAAUGGCUCCAAGAAAAUCUGACUGACAUGGAUGUCAAGGUGAAGCAAAUGAUUAAGCUUAUUGAAGAAGAUGCUGAUUCAUUUGCACGGAGAGCAGAAAUGUAUUAUAAAAAACGGCCAGAGCUUAUGAAAUUGGUCGAAGAGUUUUAUCGGGCUUAUCGGGCAUUGGCUGAAAGAUAUGACCAUGCAACUGGAGUGAUCCGCCAUGCACAUCGAACAAUGUCCGAAGCAUUUCCUAAUCAAGUUCCAAUGAUGCUGACAGAUGAUUUACCAGAGACUGAGCCACGCACACCGGAUUCGCGGCACCCUUCACGUGCAUUCGACCUCAAUGGAGCUAAUACUGAAGAUCAUGAUUCUUCUAUAAACAAAACAGCUUUAAAACACCUCAAUGAUCUUUCUAUCCCCAGAGAACAUGAAAAUUUUUCGAAGUUUCCAGAAGGAAAUGCUAGAAGGGGUCUCGAUUUUCAUGACUCACAAGAGGAUGGUGGAGGGCUAAACAAUGGAAGCCACGAUGAAAAAACUCAAGCCUUGUCAGAAUCUGAACGGGUGACAAAAACUGAGACAGAAAUUUUGGCCUUAAAGAAAGCCAUUGCUAAAUUAGAAGAUGAAAAGGAAGCUGGUUUGCUUCAGUAUCAGCAGAGUUUGGAGAGAUUAUCUAAUCUUGAAUCAGAAGUUUCUUCUGCACAAGAGAAUUCUCGGAAACUUGAUGAGCGAGCAAGUAAAGCUGAAGCUGAAGUUCAAGCCUUGAAGGAAGCCCUCAAAGAAUUACAAGCUGAAAGGGAAGCUAGUCUUCUUCGAUAUCAGGAAUGCUUGGAGAAAAUAUCUAAUCUGGAGAAUAAUAUUUCUUUUGCUCAAAAGGAUGCAGGAGAACUCAAUGAACGAGCUGCUAAAGCGGAAACAGAAGUCAAGUCUCUAAAGCAGGACCUUGCUAGAGUUGAAGCUGAAAAGGAAGCUGCCCUUGUUCAAUAUCAACAGUGUCUGGAGACAUUAUCGAAAUUGGAGGAGAGGUUAAAAGAAGCUGAGGAAAAUGCAAGAAGAAUUACUGAGCAGGCUAAUGCAGCUGAACAUGAGAUCGAGGCGAUGAAGUUAGAAAUUGCUAAACUCACUGAAGAGAAGGAAGAUGCUGCUUUGCGUUAUCAGCAAUGCUUGGAGAUAAUUUCCAGUUUGGAGCAUAAACUCUCUUGUGCCGAAGAGGAAAUGCGUAGGCUACAUUCCCAGAUAAAUGAAGGGAUUGAAAAGUUACGCAAUUCCGAAGAGAAGUGUCUUCUCUUGGAGACAUCAAAUCACACUCUGCAUUCUGAAUUGCAGUCUUUAGCCCAAAAGAUGGGAUCUCAAAAUGAAGAACUAAGUGAGAAGCAGAAAGAGUUGGGGAAAAUUUGGAGUUGCUUACAAGAGGAGAGGCUGCGGUUCAUUGAGGCCGAAACUGCAUUCCAAACUCUUCAGGAUUUGCAUGCCCAAUCUCAGGAAGAGCUUACAUCUCUUGCUGCCGACCUUCACGGUAAGGCUGAAAAACUGGAGAAUGUGGAAUCACAGAAGCAGGCUUUACAGGAUGAAGUACACAGGGUCAAUGAGGAAAACAAGAUUCUAAAUGAGCUCAAAAUUUCUUCAUCUCUAUCUAUGCAGAAUUUGCAGGAUGAGAUAUUGAAACUCAGGGAGACUAUAGAGAAGGUGGAGCAGGAGGUUGAGCUGCGAGUUGAUGAAAGAAAUGCUCUUCAGCAAGAAAUUUACUGUCUUAAGGAGGAGCUUAAUGAUAUGAAUAAAAGACAUGAAACUCUGAUGGUCGAAGUGAGGUCAACGGGCUUUGAUCCAGAGUGUUUCGGGUCAUCUGUGAAAGAAUUACAAGACGAGAACAUGAAGUUGAAGGAGACGGUCGAGACUGACAAAGGUGAGAAAGCAGCCCUUCAUGAAAAACUGGAGAUCAUGGAGAAACUUCUAGAGAAAAAUUCCGUUCUAGAGAAUUCCCUUUCAGACUUGAAUGCCGAGCUAGAGAGCGUCAGAGGAAAGGUAAAGGCGUUGGAAGAAACAUGCGAAUCUUUGCUUGCGGAGAAAUCAAUGCUUCUUGCCGAGAAGGCCGCCUUAUUUUCCCAGUUACAAACAACUUCUGAAAAUCUGGAGAAUCUCUCAGAAAAGAACAAACUUUUAGAAAAUUCACUGUUUGAUGUGAAUGCUGAACUUGAAGGAUUAAAGGUAAAGUCGACGACCUUAGAAGACACAUGCAAGCUACUUGACAAUGAGAAGUCCAGUGUCAUCUCUGAGAAAGAAACCUUACUUUCACAGUGGAACAUCACACAGCAAACACUGCAAGAUCUUGAAAAACAGCACAGUGAAUUGGAGAUGCAGCAUUUGGAAUUAAAAGGAGAGAGAGAGUCUGCACUGAAAAAGGUAGAAGAGUUACUGGUUUCCCUAUAUUCCGUGAGGGAAGAGCAUUCCAGAGUCACUAAGUUGAGUGAAAAUGAAUUGGCUGAGAAGGAAUCACAAAUUCAUGCUCUACAAGAAGAUGCAAAUCUCCAGAAGAAGGAAUAUGAGGAGGAACUGGACAGAGCAAUGCAUGCUCAAAUAGAAAUUUUUAUCUUGCAGAAAAGUAUUCAGGAUUUGGAGAACAAGAACUUUUCCCUUCUAAUUGAGAGUCAGAGGCUUUUGGAGGCAUCAAAGUUGUCUGAGAGAAUGAUAUCUAAACUGGAGACCGAAAAUGUUCGGAAACAGGAUGAUGUGGAUUCUUUGUUUGAGAAAAUCAGAAUACUAAGAAUUGGGCUGCUUCAGGUACUGAAAACUCUCAACACUGAUGGCGAACAUUUGCGUGAAGAUACGCAUGAAGAAGAUCAGAUGCUUCUAAACCGUAUACAUCAAAAGCUUCAAGAUGCAAAUGAGUCCUUUGACACAGUUUUCAGUGAAAGCCAGCAAGUGGCUGUUGAGAAUUCGGUUCUGGUUAUGUUCCUUGGGGAAAUGAAACAAAAGUUAGAGAAUCUUGUGACAGAAAGAGAUGCACUUGACGAGGAAUUCAAGAUCCAGUCGAAGCAGUUCUUGGCAUUGCAAAUCGAGGUCCAGAAGAUAUUGGAGAAGAAUCAGGAGUUGAAGUUGACAAUAUACAAGGGAGAAGAGAGAAUGGAAAUAAUGACAUCCGAAAUAGAGAAUCUGCGAAAACAGGUGGCAGACUUGGAAGAGGGAAACAAAUUCUUGAAUGAAGAAAAUAGCAAAGUAUUUGAAGAGAAGAAGUCCUUGACAGGAAGAUUUCUAGAUCUUGGCAAAGAGAAAAGUAAGUUGGAAGAAGAAAUGUGUUUUGUGAUCAGCGAGAUAAUAGCUCAGUCUAAUAUUUCUGUGAUCUACGAGAACAUUAUCUUCGAGAAACUCAUGCAGCUUAAAGAACUAGAUGAAGAUCAUCAGAAGCUUUGUUCGAUAAACAAUGACAUUGAAGAGAGAUUGAAACUAAUGGUGGGAAAAUUAGAGCAUUCAGAAAUGGAAAAUUCACAUCUCAAAGAGUUAUUUGUGAAGUCAAAUGUUGAAUUGAAGUUAGUUGAAUCUGUCAAUGAUCAAUUGAGUUGUGAGAUUACAAAUGAAAAGGAAUUGCUCUCCAGAAAGGAAAAUGAGCUUUUGGAAGCAGCCACACUGUUUAAUGCUUUGCUCGCCGAGAAAACAGAAUUGCAUAGAAUGGUGGAAGAUCUGAAGUUUAGGUAUGAUGAGGUGACUGGGAUACUUAAAGACCAGGCGAAUCAAAUUCUGAAAUUAUCCUCGGAUAAGGAUUGCCAAACUGAAGAGCUCGAACACCUUUGCGAAGUGAAUCAGAAGUUGGAGAAUGAAAUGAGGCACCUGCAUCAACAACUUGGUGAAACUAAGUUGAGAGAAAAGGAGUUGAGUUAUGAGGUGCAGAAGGGAACGGACGAGAUUGAAGAAUGGGAAACUCAGGCUACAACACUCUAUGCUGAACUGCAAAUUUCUUCUGUCAUUGAAACAUUGUUUGAAGGGAAGGUCUGUGAACUAUCCGAUGCGUGCGAGAAUCUUGAACGCGAAAACCACUCUAAAGAACUGGAAAGUGAGCAGCUGAAGGAAAGAGUUAGCCAGUUGGAAGGCGAAAAUGGAAGACUGCAUGGUCAGUUAGCUGCUUAUGUCCCGGCAGUUGCCGCUUUAACCGAUAGUGUAACAUCUCUGGAAAUGCAGACUGUUACAAAUCGAAAACCUCAUGGCCAUGAAGAAUCUAAGGUUCAAAAGAUGUUGGUAGAUCAUGAAAACACGGAAAGUGGUCAACAAACAAGUGAAGAUCGGACUGUCGUGGCACCGGAUGCACUCGCAGACCUGCAGAGGAGGAUCCUGGCAAUUGAAACAGCAGUGAAGCUGAUAAAUGAAAGCAGGCAUGCUUCUCAAGCGAAUGAAGCGAAUGAGAAUCGGAAUGGAGACGCUUCAGACCUGAGAACAGGGAAAUCAAGGCCAGAUGUUCCUGUAACCGAGAUUGAAGUUCUGCCAAAAGACAUCAUGCUUGAUCAAAUCUCUGAGUGUUCAUCAUAUGGGAUAAGUAGGAGAGAUACACCUGAGGCUGAUGAUAAGAUGCUUGGCUUAUGGGAAAGUGCCAAUACACCGAAUUUCACGGAUGAACCGGGUGGCUACAAUCGAAGAGGAGCAACCGAGGAUUCGAAAAGUAAGCAUCCUUCGUCGGAGUCUUUGGUGGAAAAGGAGUUGAGUGUGGACAAAUUAGAGAUCUCGAGACGAAUGAAUCUGGCACACGAGGAAGGCAACAAGAGCAAAGUUCUAGAAAGGCUUGAUUCCGAUGCGCAGAAGUUGAUAAACCUUCAAAUAACCAUACAAGAUUUGAUUAAGAAGAUGGAGAUUACUGAGAAAAGCGCAAAGGGAAAAGGUGUUGACUAUGAAGCUGCGAAAGGACAACUUGAAGCUGCUCAAGAGACCGUCAUGAAGCUGUCCGAUGCCAACAGUAAGCUGACAAAGAAUGUCAAAGAAGGUACAUUGUCUUCCGGCAGGAAGGACUCGGCAGACUUGGACGAGAGCGGAAGCGUUGGCAAAGAGAGAGGAGUCUUGGAACAGGCACGGCGAGGAUCCGAAAAAAUAGGACAACUGCAGCUAGAGGUUCAAAGACUGCAGUUUCUGCUUCUGAAACUUGAUGGUGGAAAAGAAAACAAGGAGAAAGCAAGAUUCAUGGAUCGAAGUCCUCGAGUACUUUUGCGCGAUUAUCUCUACGGCGGCGCAAGAAACAACCAGCAGAAGAAGAAGAAGAAAGGUUUUUGUGCAUGUGUGAGACCUCCAACCAAAGGAGACUGAGUUAGCAAAACCAUUUUCUCGGCAUAUUUUUAGCGUAGUAUUAUUUCAAAUAACAUGAGACAUUACAUUUAGCUUUCUUGUUUGUAAAGUUUCCUUUUUUAUAAUAGAUGGUAUAAAUGAUCCUUACAUGUUUUGAUCCUUUUGUACAUUUUGUGCCUCAUAUAUAUUCAUAAGAAGAGGCUAAGAUGGAAUUUUCACCAUUUUGUUUUUCUA